CCCCGAACCUUCACGACUGGUUCGUUGUGUUGAGUCCAUGUCUCCCUUGUCGGGCAGGGUAAUUUCCGUUCUCUCUCCAGGCCCCAGGGCUCUUCCUCUGCCUUCCCUGUUCUGUUGGUUUCUCUCUAUUCUGAUCGUUGUAUUUUUCAGUUCUAAUGUUGGCCUUUGUUUCUUUUUCAGUGUCCCCUGCGGCUUUGCUGAGAUUUUAUUUCAUUAUUUCCGGCGUGUUUCCGCAUCUGUGUGAUGGCGUCUUUGAAAUCCGCAUCACUUCUGGCGGGCACGGGGGUCCUCCCGCCUGUCUGCUGACCGUGACUUCUCACUCGGCCCUCGGUGUGAGCGGUGGUCUUCCGUUGGAUCCUAGGUGUUUGGGGCACUCAGGCGCUUACUCAGACGUUAUUUUAGCCUCCUCUUGGAGCUGGGCGCUUGAGGAGGGGUCUUGGGGCCGGAAGUCCAGGUUGCCCUUUGACCUCGGCAGACACGGGGGAGGGGACGGUGCCUCAUCAGCUUCCUGGCGGCAGGAGGGGACGGGCUGCUCUCUUGAUCUUAGCCUAGGGGAAGGCGACCCUCGGCGUCAUUGUGUGACCAGUGCCGGACGAGCCUUGGGACGUCAGGAGUGGGAAGGGAAGGAGGUGGUUUUGCGGGCCAGGGUGGGCGGAGCUGAGGAGCAGGGGCUCCAGGAGCCUGGUUAUGGUGUUUGGCCUCUGUGGGGUCCUUACAUAGAAGCAGAUGCCUCUUCCCACGGACAGAGAACCUGCCUGUGUGGGGUACCUGUGCUGGCCGUCUCCGCCUGGCCUGGCACUGCUGGGCUGGGGACUGGCCCAGGGCCGUCCAGGCUCCCGGUGUGUGGCAGUGCUGCCCGGCAGGGCGGGCCUCCUUGGGGUGUGCAUGGCUACAGUCCUCUGUGCAGCUCCCCAGGGACACGGUGUCCACGGCAGGCUAGGAGAGGGACGUGGGGCCCUCGGCGUCUCUGCUCUCCGCGCAGGCACGAUGCAGGCUUUUGUCUCUGGCAGAUAAAAAGACCAAGCUCUCUGCAACCCGCCCCGCGCAGAGCUCCUCGAGCUUCCCAGGCUCUGCUGGCGGUGAGCACGGCGGGGGCCGGGCGGGGGCC